AUGCGUUCCACAAUUGCCGUAUCCGUCUUUGCGCUCUCCGCCUCGGUUCUCGCAGCCCCUACUCCCCAGGUUGCUGCUGUCUCUGGCCUCGUUGGUGGUCUUACCAGCACUGUCGGCUCUGUCACCAACCCCAGCGCUGGCAGUGACAACUUGAUCUCUGGCAACGGCAACAACAACGGCCAGAACAACGGCAAUGGAAACUCUGCUGGCAAUGCCAACGGUAACAACAACCAGGCUGGUACCGGCAACGCUGCUGGUAACGGCAACACCUUCAACCUCAAGCCUCUCGGUGGCAUCCUAGGAAAUGCCAAGCGUGGUCUUGUUGGCACCGUCGAGGGCGUCCAGGUUGCCGGACCCAUCGUCGAUGGCGUCCUUGACGGCCAGGGCGGUCUGCUCAACGGCGUCACCGUCGGCCCUACCACCGACUCCCUCACUAAGGGUCUUCUCAACCGUGGUCUUACCGACAGUCUUGACCUCAGCAAGCUGAGCCAGACCCAGCUCCUCUCUCUCCUCGGCCAGGUCACUGGCGCCCUCCAGACCGGUGAUGCCACUUCCGGCGUCACUGAUACGGUUAAGCCCGUCACUGGAGGCCUCUUGAAGCGCGCGGGUACCCUCCUCCCUGGUGUCACUGACACCCUUAACGGUGUUGUUAGCACUGUUGGCACCACCGUUAACUCUGCUAAGGGAAACACUGGCUCGACCACUGACACUGUUAAGCCUGUCACUGGUGCUGUUGGAGGUCUUGUCGGCGUUGAUGGUGUCAUGAAGCGCGCAGGCACUCUCAUCCCUGGUGUCACUGGCACCCUUAACGGUGUUGUUAGCACUGUUGGCACCACCGUUAACUCUGCUAAGGGAAACACUGGCUCGACCACCGACACUGUCAAGCCUGUCACUGGUGCUGUCGGAGGUCUCGUAGGCACCAACAAUGUCUUGAGGCGCGAGGUCCUUGGCGGCGUCACCGGCGCCGUCAACGGUCUUGUUGGCUCCGUCUCCACCACCGCAGGCUCCGUCACUGGUGCCACUGCUGGCAGCGGUAACUCGCUUCUCAACAACGGCAACGGCAACGGUCAGGGCAAUGGCAACAACAACCAAGCCGGUAACGGUAACGGAAACGGAAACUCUGCCGGCUCUGGCAACUCUGCCGGCAACAACAACGACUUCAACGUAAGUCCCGAAACCGAGCUCCCCAACAUCAACGGCCCGCUCGUCAAGCUGCCUGAUGUCAACGUUGCUCCUGUGGUCAAGUCAGUCUAG